CUGGCUGAGCCUAGGGCGGGCGGGGGACCGGUAUAAAGCAGCAGGCGCCUGUGCCUGCUCCACCUCGUGCACACUGCCUGCCUGAGUCUGUUCUGCCCCCUCCCCACCACUUGGCCACCACCAUGACACCGGACAUCCAGGCCCCUUUCUUCUUCCUGCUGCUGCUAUUCCAAGUGCUUACAGUCUCUGGUACAAGCAGCAGCAGUACACAGGCUUUAAGUGACCAAAGCACCUCACCCCGGGCCACCAGUGGCACCUCAUCUCCGACCACCAGCCCUGCCUCAGGCUCGGCUGCCCCUUCGGUCCACGGUGGCAUCUCACCCCGGGCCACCAGUGGCGCCUCAUCUCCGAGCGCCAGCCCUGCCUCAGGCUCGGCUGCCCCUUCGAUCCACGGUGGCACCUCACCCCGGGCCACCAGUGGCGCCUCAUCUCCGAGCGCCAGCCCUGCCUCAGGCUCGGCUGCCCCUUCGGCCCACGGUGGCACCUCACCCCGGGCCACCAGUGGCGCCUCAUCUCCGAGCACCAGCCCUGCCUCAGGCUCGGCUGCCCCUUCGGUCCACGGUGGCACCUCACCCCGGGCCACCAGUGGCGCCUCAUCUCCGAGCACCAGCCCUGCCUCAGGCUCGGCUGCCCCUUCCGUCCACGGUGGCACCUCACCCCGGGCCACCAGUGGCGCCUCAUCUCCGACCACCAGCCCUGCCUCAGGCUCGGCUGCCCCUUCGGCCCACGGUGGCACCUCACCCCGGGCCACCAGUGGCGCCUCAUCUCCGAGCACCAGCCCUGCCUCAGGCUCGGCUGCCCCUUCCGUCCACGGUGGCACCUCACCCCGGGCCACCAGUGGCGCCUCAUCUCCGACCACCAGCCCUGCCUCAGGCUCGGCUGCCCCUUCGGCCCACGGUGGCACCUCACCCCGGGCCACCAGUGGCGCCUCAUCUCCGACCACCAGCCCUGCCUCAGGCUCGGCUGCCCCUCCGGUCCACGGUGGCACCUCACCCCGGGCCACCAGUGGCGCCUCAUCUCCGAGCACCAGCCCUGCCUCAGGCUCGGCUGCCCCUCCGGUCCACGGUGGCACCUCACCCCGGGCCACCAGUGGCGCCUCGUCUCCGAGCACCAGCCCUGCCUCAGGCUCGGCUGCCCCUCCGGUCCACGGUGGCACCUCACCCCGGGCCACCAGUGGCGCCUCGUCUCCGAGCACCAGCCCUGCCUCAGGCUCGGCUGCCCCUCCGGUCCACGGUGGCACCUCACCCCGGGCCACCAGUGGCGCCUCGUCUCUGACCACCAGCCCUGCCUCAGGCUCGGCUGCCCCUCCGGCCCACGGUGGCACCUCACCCCGGGCCACCAGUGGCGCCUCGUCUCCGAGCACCAGCCCUGCCUCAGGCUCGGCUGCCCCUUCUGUCCACGGUGGCACCUCACCCCGGGCCACCAGUGGAGCCUCAUCUCCGAGCACCAGCCACAUUACCAGGACAAUUGCCAGCAGCACUAACCAGAGCAUAGUACCUCCGACCUCCUCCAGUCAUGAGACUUCUCAGCAGUUGCCUAUUAGGGUCUCCCUGUUCUUCCUGUCUUUUCACAUUACGAACCUCCAGUUUAACUCUUCCCUGGAAAAUCCCAGCACCAGCUACUACCAGAAGCUGCAGAGAAGCAUUUCUGUAUUGUUUGUGCAGACUUAUAAACAAGAGGAUUUUCUGGGCCUCUUAGGUAUCAAGUUCAGGCCAGGAUCUGUGGUGGUAGAAUUAACUUUGGCCUUCCGAGAGGGUACCACUGCCCACAACUUGGAGAGACAGCUUUAUCAGCUUGAAGCAGCAGCAGUCAAAUAUAACCUGACCAUCAGUGGAGUUAGUGUGCGUGAUGCAUCAUUUCCUUCCUCUGCCCAGUCUGGAUCUGGGGUGCCUGGCUGGGGCAUUGCCCUGCUGGUACUGGUCUGUGUUCUGGUUGCCCUGGCCAUCAUUUAUCUCAUUGCCCUGGUUGUGUGUCAGUGCAGACAAAAGAACUAUGGGCAGCUGGACCUCUUUCCAACCCAAGAUGCCUACCAUCCUAUGAGCGAGUACCCCACCUACCACACCCAUGGGCGCUAUGUGCCCCCUGGCAGUACCAAACGGAGCCCCUUUGAGGAGGUUUCUGCAGGCAAUGGUGGCAGCACUCUCUCUUACGCGAACCUGGCAGCCGCUUCCGCCAACCUGUAGGGGCACGUUGCCUGCUGAGCAGCCAGCCAGCGCCGACUGCCUCCCUGGGUUUCUUCACUGCUGCAGCACCCCCCCCCCCCUUGCCCCCAACUCUGUUCUGGGCUGGUGAGCUGGGCAUUCAGGUGGGCUGCCCACAGUCUCCCUCACAGGCCCCACCAAGUCCCCUAACCCAUCUUAGCCCUGGCGAAGCCCAUCCGAGCCCCUGGGGACAAGCCUGAGGCAGUGGCUCCCAGGAGGACUGGCGGGGACAGCUCGGAGAUGGGAGUGGGAACCUAAACAUGGCUGAAUAAAACUCGGGCCUCCUCUUCGCUGACCGCCAA